UAACUCUUUCAAUAUUCAAGAUGCUUAGUUCUUUUGUUGGUAAAGCACAAAAGAGUUUAUCAGUCUUUGUACCCAGAAAGCAUGCAUUGAGCUACUGGAAUGAAGAUCAUGCCACAACUGGGGUUGCCGAUGAUGUCAUGAAAGGUUACUUUGCUGUUCUUGCAAAGAAGGGUGUAGAAACUAGAAGGUUUAUUGUUGGGUUAGAUUACUUAACUGAUCCUGCUUUUUUGGGAUUGCUUGAUGAUGCUUGGGAGGAGUAUGGUUUUAGACAGAAGGGAACUCUUGUUGUUCCGUGUCGGCCGAUAGAAUUACAGAAUAUUUUAGAUGGUCGGAAAAUAUAGAGAAGCUACCCAACACGAAAAUUAAGAUGAAUGAAAGGAUCAUAUUCCGGAGUCAAGAUCCUCUUCAUUUUUGUAAGGAAAUGAAUGAUUCCAUUUAUGAGAAGAAGAAGAACAACUACUAUAGGGUCUAGGAAUAUCAAAGAUAUUGUUUGUCUAAUUU